CCGACAGAGGACUGAGAGCUGCAGAAAGACAGAAGAGCCUCACUGAUGCCCACGCUCUCUGGUUUUUAGACUUCUUCAUCAUCAUCAUCUUCGUCAUCGUGGUCAGCCAUGUCCGUUCUUCCUCUCUGGGUCAGAAUGCUGCGGAAAGUCUGGAGGUUGAAGGGCGUCUUCAUCCUCGUCUGCAGCCCAUUCCUGCUGCUGCCCCUCGCUCUCAGCACCAUGGAGGCGGCCUGUGCUUAUGUCAUCGCCCUCAUGGCGGUGUACUGGUGCACCGAGGUGCUGCCGCUGGCGGUGACAGCGCUGCUGCCGACCAUCCUCUUCCCCAUCCUCGGCAUCAUGGAGUCCAAAGACGUGUGUAUGCAGUACCUGAAGGACACUAACAUGCUGUUUGUGGGGGGUCUGAUGGUCGCCGUGGCCGUGGAGCACUGGAACCUCCACAAACGUAUCGCACUCCGAGUCCUGCUGCUGGUCGGGGUUCGACCUGCCCUGCUGAUGUUGGGUUUCAUGGGAGUCACCGCCUUCCUGUCCAUGUGGAUCAGCAACACGGCCACCACAGCUAUGAUGGUCCCCAUCGUCCAGGCGGUUCUGGACCAGCUCAACGGCAACGUCGACCCCGAACCGUCCAACCAGAGACAGAGAAGCAUUGUUGUUCUACACCAGGAGAAAACCAGCAGUGUCCCCCAAAAUAAUGGUCUGAACGGGUCAACACACACACAAGGCAACUCAGAGAAAACCAGCAACCCACAAGACAGUGUGUCCUCUGAGAGGAAAGUGUCUCCAGAGGGUCAGACGGAUGGACAGGAGAUGGUCAAACCAACGCCACAGGACAAGCCUCCAUCAGACUGCACCAACAAAGGGCCUGUGGUGGUGUCGGUGGAGACGGCCUUCGGUCAGAUGGAGCUGGAGGAGCUGAACGACGAAGAAGACGAGAGGAAGAGGAUGAGUAAAGGACUCCUUCUGUGUGUUUGCUACGCCGCCAGCAUCGGAGGCAUCGCCACCCUCACGGGAACGGGACCAAACCUGGUUCUGAUCGGACAGAUGAGCCAACUCUUUCCUCAGAAUGGUGAUGUCAUCAACUUUGCGUCCUGGUUUGCGUUCGCCUUCCCGACCAUGAUGCUGACUCUAACGAUGGCCUGGUUCUGGCUGCAGUUCCUCUUCAUCGGCUGCAACCUAAAGAAGACGUGGGGUUGUGGAGCAGUGAAGUCAGAGAAGGAGAAAGCGGCGUACGAGGUGAUCAGAGACGAACAUCGACGCUUGGGGAAGAUGAGUUAUGGGGAGAAGAGUGUCUUGGCACUCUUCAUCCUCAUGGUGGUGCUGUGGUUCACACGGGAUCCCCGCUUUAUGGACGGCUGGGCCACCCACGUCUUCAACUCCAGGGCAGAGUUCGUCACCGACGCCACUGUCUCUCUGUUUGUUGCCGUUCUGUUGUUCGUUCUUCCUUCUGAGCCGCCGCGCUUCCUCUGCUGCAGGAAGAGCUCCGACACAGAGUCUCAGGUGUCACAUGGCCCCGCCCCUCCUCUGCUCACCUGGCGGGUGACACAGAAGAAGAUGCCGUGGAACAUCGUGCUGCUGCUGGGCGGAGGCUUUGCUCUGGCCAAAGGCAGUGAGGAGUCCGGUCUGUCCCGUUGGCUCGGCGCUCAGAUGACGCCACUCCACUCCAUCCCUCCCUGGGCCAUCGCCGUCGUCCUCUGCCUCCUCAUCGCCACCUUCACUGAAUGUGCCAGCAACGUCGCAACGGCAACCCUCUUCCUGCCCAUCCUGGCCUCCAUGUCCCAGUCCAUAAGUUUGAACCCUCUGUACGUGAUGAUCCCCUGCACACUCAGCGCCUCCUUCGCCUUCAUGCUGCCUGUGGCCACACCCCCAAACGCCAUCGUCUUCUCCUACGGUCUACUGAAAGUGUCUGACAUGGCUCGAGCGGGCGUGGUCAUGAACAUCAUCGGGAUCGGCUGCAUCACUCUCGCCAUCAACAGCUGGGGCCGCGUCAUGUUUGGCCUGGACUCGUUCCCCUCAUGGGCCAACACCACGGCGCCCGUUUGAGAGCGUCUGUUCCUGGAAACACUUUCAGGCUUCAUCACUGAACUGGGGGUGAAAUUUCCAACCAGGGAGUUUUCGUUUUCCUUCAGCAGGUCAUGACUUCUGAUUCUGAGCCGACAGAAACGGCGUCUUCAUGUUCAGAUCUUCUCACCUGGAAUGCAAAGGUUUUUCCCUGAAUGGUUUUUGUCAAAAUUUGGCUGUGAGCCACAAAGACAGUCAAGAAACCCAAACUUUAUUUAUGUAGCACACGUCCUCCAGGGGGCAGCACAGUGUGCCUCACAUUCAUUAAGUCAGUGUGUAUUUGAUUAGAAGAGAGCAGCAUGGUUUAAUUUUUCAGGUCCAACUGUAGAGGCCUCUGUAGGCUUCAGGGCUACACGGGCCUAUGGUGUAUGUUAUGGUGUAGAUUCAAUGCAGAAGUGUAAACCAGGCUUUUGAUUACAACCCCAAUUCCAAAAAAGUUGGGGUGCUGUGUAAAUAUAAAUACAAACAGAAAACAAUGAUUGUCAAAUCUCAUAAACCCAGAUUUGAUUCUUAAUAGAGCAUUAACAACAUAUCAGAUG